AGCCGGAAAGGCGCCUGAAGCAGGAGAGCCACCUGGCCGGAGCGCAGCCGUUGAACAGUUGUCGCCAUGAUCAUCCCGGUUCGCUGCUUCACCUGCGGCAAAAUCGUCGGCAACAAGUGGGAGGCCUACCUGGGGCUGCUGCAGGCCGAGUACACCGAGGGGGACGCCCUGGACGCUCUGGGCUUGAAGCGCUACUGCUGCCGCCGCAUGCUGCUGGCCCACGUGGACCUGAUCGAGAAGCUGCUCAACUAUGCGCCCCUGGAGAAGUGACUGCUCGGGCCACAGCUGUGGCUGGGGGGUGUGUGCAGCUGGAAGCCAUGCCCACCCCCAGCUGUGUGGACCCCCAUCUCGUGCUCUGGAAAGAACCGUCCAGUAAAGGCCUUUGCAGAACCAGA